UCGCCUCCGCGACAGUUUCUCGGGGGCGCUUAGUUUCUCAGCGGCGCAGACAGGAGUUAUAACGACGGCAAGAUGGCGGACGUGCUGGAUCUUCAUGAGGCCGGGGGCGAGGAUUUCGCCAUGGAUGAGGAUGGGGACGAGAGCAUCCACAAACUGAAAGAAAAAGCAAAGAAACGGAAGGGCCGCGGCUUUGGCUCCGAAGAGGGGUCUCGAGCACGAAUGCGUGAGGAUUAUGACAGCGUCGAGCAGGAUGGAGAUGAACCCGGACCACAGCGCUCUGUUGAAGGCUGGAUUCUCUUUGUCACUGGAGUCCACGAAGAAGCCACGGAAGAAGAUAUCCAUGACAAAUUUGCAGAGUAUGGGGAAAUAAAAAACAUCCACCUCAACCUGGACAGGCGUACAGGAUACCUGAAGGGGUAUACUCUAGUUGAGUAUGAAACGUACAAGGAAGCCCAGGCUGCUAUGGAGGGACUCAAUGGCCAGGAUUUGAUGGGACAGCCGAUCAGUGUGGACUGGUGUUUUGUUCGGGGUCCACCCAAGGGCAAGAGGAGAGGUGGCCGAAGACGCAGCAGGAGUCCAGACCGGAGGCGUCGCUGACAGGUCCUCUGUUGUUCUGGUGUUUUCUCCAGAGAUUCCAUUGGACUUGCAGCCUUGGAGAAGUAGGGCUCGAAUUGAACUCUGUUUAAUCUUACUUUAUGGCUUAGUAUUUGGGGUUUUGUUGGUUUUUUUUGUUAUAAAUAAAUGUCCCAUUUAUGUUUUCUACAUUUAAAAUUAUUUUCUGCUCUAACCUUGCAAGCUCUGAAGUACUAUUUACAGUAAGACAGUAUGGGUCACUGUGAAUAUACUUCACUCAUUUACUGAAUUGUUUGAGUUUCUACAUUAGAUAAGGUCUCAAUUCUCAAAGGGUCAAAGUAGAAAUACUGAUUAGUAUUUAUUUUUCUUGGAAGCUAAGAGAGCAGUGGUAGAAGUGAGAUGUUUUAGAAUAUUAAAGAAUAAUUAGUUUAUUCCUAUAUACUUUGUCCUGAGCAAAUGGAUGUUACAGGAAUGUUUCUUUUGUUUCUCCUGCCCUUGCCACAUUUGUUUGUAUCUCCAGCUGUCCAAGGGCUUAAAUCUAUCAGGGCAUUCUCCCAGAUUCUUCUUCCCUGAAGGAGUCUAUGCAAAGUUCUUGGUGCCCACUUUGGCAGGCAAGGGUGAAGGCUCCCUGGAGAUGAUCCAGAGGAGCAUUGAUGAAGCCAAAGAGGAAAAGGAUGUGGCUGAGGCUAGGAGGGACUUCAGUUAGCAUUGUAGAAGACAGCCAGUACCAGAGACCCAGCAGUAGUAAGGUGUCCAGCAGAGGACAGGCCAGCAGAAUAAGCAGGGCCUGUUGCAAGGACACAGACAAACACUAGGGUGAUUAUCUAAGGAGCAGCAGAGGGUGAAUUCAGUAACAGGGGCUGGGAAUUUAAAAAAUACACUGAAAUUCGGAACCAUUAGCUUCUGACCUGAGUAGAGGGUGAAUUGAUGGUUGGGCAGUGAGAUGGAGCUCUCCCCUUACAAGGAAGAGAAGGCUGCGAACCCUCUUCUCCUUCACAACUUGGGACUAGAUGCUCCCUUUCCCCCAGGGGUUAUGACAGACACACUGGAGAAAAGGUUUGAUUGAGGUGCUGGGUUAUAUGAAGCUGCUAAGUCUAUUUUAAGACUUCAUGGUGUCCCAAGUGUAAAGGAGAAUACUGACCACCUUUCUCCUUAAUCCUUGUUCAGUUAACUCAAGUUCAGAUGAUGGCUAGAGGUUGAUUAGAAUUGAAGGCAUUCAAGAAAAUUAUCGUGUAGCAUCAGGUACUAGAAACACAGUUAGGGUCUCACUUUUGGUUUGACAGGUAGCUAUCAGAUAAGUAAAUAAGCUAGAGGCAAUAGUUUUAGGGUAUGGAUUAGGGCCUGGGGAUUGAAGUCUCACUUUCCUUGUCGGGGGACUAGACACACUGAAAACAAUGCAACUAUAGCAAAUGGUCAUGGCAGUCAGUGGCAGCAGAAUGGGCAGCAGAAGAUGAAGAAAGAGGUUACAGGUAGUCUCUUGCCAUUGAGCCUUGAGGUUGCCUUUGGUGACAUUGAGUGAAGGGGUCUGGGCCAGCUUGGUAGAUGGUAAGGAAGAGGAACAGCUAUAAUGGGGUUGAGGAUCAUUAAAACUGGUCCCCAUCCACCUCCUCUCAACCUACCCACCAGUGUCACACAGUUUCUUCCCAAUUCAUUCUUGACUCUCUGCAGAACAGGACAGUGCUGAGUUAUGGUUCAUCUGUGGUGCCAAUAUUUAAAAGGUUAGAAAUGUAUCUUGAAAAUCCCUGUGUUCCCCUUAGGCUAUGGAGCUAAUCAUUAAGUUUGUUAAAUCCUGGGACUUAAAGAACCCUGCCUUGCCCUGGCCGGUUUGGCUCAGCGGUUAGAGCGUCGGCC